ACAAGAAGCUUUCUGCUGUCACAUCAAAUACCAAAAGUUAGAUUUUUAUGUUUUGUGGAGAAUGGAAGUGUGCUGUGAAUGACUGUUCAGAAUAUGGUACAGUAGUUGUUAAGGCCGGUGUACUGAAGUGUACGUGGCAAAUAUGGAAGGACACUCGUCCGUAUCGUCAGCGUAGAUAUGAGCCUUUAUCGCACCUUCAGUAGAACGAUUCCAGUUUUUGUCGUUGUAAUUCUGUAUCUGUUAAAGUGUUACUGCCCCGUGAAUGGUUUUGGAUACAAUACGUCACGGCUGACUGCGCCUUGCAAGGUAGCAAGACCGUAUUCGUGAACUGAAAAUUGUUGAAUGCCAUGGAGGCCUGAUUGCUCGUCUUUCACAUUGAGGAGUCACUUAUGGACUUCAUAACAGAACCUUUUGAAAAUUUCUACGAUGUGUUUGAGGAUAUUGGAAAAGGCCAAUUUGCAGUGGUGCGACGCUGUCAAGAGAGGUCAACAGGACGGCAGUUUGCUGCCAAGUUUGUCAGAAAACGUCGUGUAUGUCGAGGAGUAUCCCAGGAAGACAUACGACGUGAAGUGCACCUCUUGCGUCGCCUGGCUGGCCAUCCACACCUUGUGACAUUGCACCAAGCUUUUGACAGUCCUCGACAUGCUGUCCUGGUUCUUGAGAUGCUGGAGGGUGGAGAACUGUCCUCUCUCCUAGAAUCUCGUGGUCAUUUGGAGGAAACUGAAUCAGCUUAUUGUGCUCAUCAAAUACUACUUGCAUUACAACACAUGCACAGUCAAAAUAUCGCUCAUCUUGACCUCAAGCCUGAAAAUAUACUUCUCGUUGGUGGAGGACUACAGCUGAAGUUGGUGGACUUAGGACUUUCACAGGAACUUGAGCCUGGUACACAUCUACGAACCACUCUGGCAACCCCAGAAUUCGCAGCACCUGAGAUUGUCAGUUACGAGCCUCUCUCCUUAGCUACUGAUAUGUGGGCACUUGGUGUCAUCACAUACCUCAUACUGAGUGGAAUAUCUCCAUUUUUGGGAGAAGACAAGCAGGAGACUUACUCUAAUAUAGCUGCUGUGUCAUAUACGUUUGAGGAAAAUGCUUUUUCUCGUGUCUCGACAGCUGCCAAAGAUUUUAUUACCAAACUCCUUUUGAAAGAUUCUUCGAAAAGAGCAACUGUUACACAAUGUCUAGAUCAUAGUUGGAUUCAGGCAUGCAGCUUAAGCUUGUCAAUCGUAAAGCCUAAAAUAGAAGAUAAUAUAAGGAAAGUGACAUUGAAAACUAAAAAACAUUGGAAGCAAUCACUUCGUGCUGUAAAACUCUGCCUGCAGCUGCAGGCAACUGGCGGUGAUUGCAGUGUAUAUACUGAUGAUGGCGAUAAUUUUGUUGUGUCUGCACUGAACAGUGCUGCAGCCUCUGGUAAUGUGGAAGGUCUUCAGAAAUUAAUGAGUCUUACAAAAAUCAGUUUAAAUGUCUCCAAUAAGGAGAGAGUCAGUCCUGCACAUGUGGCAGCAGGCUGUGGACAAGUAAGUGUACUGGAGUUACUAAACACAUCUGGAGCGAAUCUACAGGCCAAAGAUGACUCUGGUGACACACCACUGAUUUGGGCAGCUCGUCAUGGACAAGAAGAUGCUCUCAGCUUUCUUGUCAAUGCUGGAGUCAAUGUCUCAACACAAAACUUAGAUGGCGGAACAGCAUUACAUGAAGCAGCAUUACAUGGUCGUACAACGUGUGUACGUCGACUCAUCGCGUGCCCUGACAUUUCACUUGAUAUUCCAGACUGUAAUGGCCGAACACCUCUUCAUGUGGCUUUGGCCACUGUUCGUGAGGACUGUGCGUUACUGCUCUUGCAUGCUGGAGCUGACGUUGAUAUGUGUGAUGUGGAGGGUGAUGCACCUAUUCAUCUCGCUUCACGGACUGGCCUGCUGACUGCUGCUCAAACUUUGUGUGCUUUUGGUUGUACGGUUGACAUUGCAGAUGCAGAUGGUCUGUAUCCUAUUCAUUUAGCUGCACGCUAUGGCCAUGGAGAAGUCGUUAGAUGUUUGUGCCUUGCUGGAUGUAAUACUGAUCAGAAGAAUACUGAUGGAAUACGAGCUGAAAUAACAGCUUUAAAACAUGGUUUCAAUGAUGUUGCUAACCUUCUUGCUAAACUUAAAAAUAGGGAUGAACUGAUAAGGCAGUUGAUUCCAACUUCAAAGCCCCCAUCUCGACUUAGUGUAAAGUUUCUAGGACGCACCGGCUCAGGCAAGACAACACUCAUCAGUUCUCUGACAGCUGGUCUUAUCACAGGCCUUCUUCGAAAAGCCAGACUGUCUCCUUCUUCAGCACCAUCUCGUACAGGUUCGACAUCACCAGGAAGCAAAAUGCAAAUAGAAAUGGAUGUAACUUCCUGCCGUGGUCAGCCUGUCUUCGAUGUCUACAAUGAACAUUAUACAAGAGGAAUUGAUGUACAAGAGGUCUCUGUCUCUGGUUGUGGUGGAGAUUUGACGUUAUGGGAACUUUCUGGACAAGAGACCUAUUUUCUGAUAUACCAUCAUUUUCUAGGCUCAACAGCUUGUCUUCAUGUUGUAGUUUAUAGUCUGGCUGACCCACCAAGCGCUCAGCUUGAGCAGUGUCUCUUCUGGCUUACCUUUCUCCAGGCACGCACAGUACCACCACUUGAACCACUUGGUGAAGGGGGUGUAGCUGGACGACUUCCCCUAGUACUUCUUGUUGGCACACAUGCAGACAUGGGUGGGCGAUAUGCAGAUUCAGCUGCAAGACGUUUAAUUACGCAGCUUCGCACAAGGUUCCGACUGCAGCUAGAAUUGCUGCCUCAUACAAUUGUGUUAGAUGCUCGCAUUCCUGGUAGCCCAGGAAUACGUCAACUAGAGGCAGCCGUAGCAGGAGUGAGACAGCGACUGUUGCUGGAGGUUCCACGCUGGACAGGAUUCCUCGAGGCAUCCCUGUCAUGGUUAUCACAAGCUCGUCGCCUGCUGCCCUUUCCAGUGAUGCCUUGGUCUCAGUUUGUUGCUGCUGUCCGUGAUCGUGUCAAUCCCUUGGCUGGAGAAGAACAUUUGCGUGAGCUAGCACACCAACUAGAAGUUACUGGAGAGAUAGUCCAGCUCCGUACUCCUGCUCAAGACGAAUUGGUGGUUUUGAGCCCUCGCUGGCUGGGUCAGUUAAUAGGCCAGUUACUUUCACCAGACUUCCUCGUGAAAGCUCGUACAACAGGGUGCUAUUCCUCUCAUGACUUCCAAGCAGCUGUUCCACAGCUACCUGCUUCAGAUGUACUGCCAGUAUUGGAGGCCUUAGGGCUUUGCGCUCGGUGUUACGAAGAUGAAGACAUUGCUGGUGAAUUUGAAGAUUGUGAUUGUAGUGGAAGUGAAUGUGAAGAUCCUACUGUGAAGUCCAGCUGUGCCACUUACAUAGAACCAGAAUUUGAAUUUCCAUGUUUCAAUUUUGUUGAGACUUUAGAUGGUUUGUGGGAUGCUCGCUACCAUGCCACUUGCUAUGGAGGCUUACGCCUUCGUGCACCUGCUCCUUCAUCAUGUCUGCUACGCUGUCUGUUUCCCCGUUUCCAGGUUCAACUGAGGCGCUGCACACAGCAGUUAAGUGAUCCAGACACAGACCUCUACCAGUGGAUGAAUGGCUCAAAACUAUGCACAGGAGCAGUAGAGUCUCAAGCAGUCCUAAUUGAUGAGAUGGAAAUUGAUGAUGACAGUGAUGAAGAUGAUGAUAGUGACAGCAAGAGUGGCUUAGGUCAAGAUGAAUGGCUUGAACUGAAGGUGCGGGGACCUCCAGGGUCAGCUCUGGCUUGUUUCUGUUUGCUAGAAGAGCUGCUGGCAGUUAUUGAUCAGGUUGUGAGUGAAGUUAGCCCUGGAAUGGCACUGGAGAAGCAUGCAUUAAGCCCUGCCCAACUCCGUUGUCAUACCAGUGACCCCUACUGCUGGGCCCCAGAACAGCUCAUGAAGGCUAUACUGAAAUCUGGUCUCAGUGCUUCAUUGCGCAAUCCACGAACUGGGGGAAGUGAAUCAUUGCUUGACAUUAUUGGUUUUGGAGAACCAGAAGUCUUGCAGCUGCUUGUGACAGCAGACAGAUUAUCAGUAUCAGCACUUUCAACAUUGUGUCGCCAGCGUCUGUGUCUUCUGUUAGAUCCACCUGAUCCUCUUGGACGUGACUGGUGUCUCCUGGCUGUCCGUUUAGGUCUACUUGAUGAACUCGCUCAUAUUGAUGGAUCUGCCUCAACUGCCUCUGUGUCACGCACAGCAGCUCUUCUUGAUGCAUGGGGAGGAACAAUAGGCCAGUUGAUAACUACACUGGAAGAACUCGGACGUCAAGAUGCAGUUGCAGUAUUGCUAAACAAUGCCCCUUUGUACCGCAUUACUUUGUCAUGUCAGUCACCAGCAUCUUCUGACUCUAGUUCACGACUGUCUCGCUGACCACAGCUGUUACCUAAAUCAGUUAUAUAUGAUCUCACAACAGUAAUGUUGCAUCAGCCCUAAGGAAUUGUAAGGGCUUGUAAGAAGUAUUGUUGAUUUGCUGCACUGCACUCAGUGAGGCAGGGUUUGGAAAUGUACACACUCUGUUGAGGAUAAAUUGUGUGAUGUUGUACAGUGCUGUUAAUUGAAGUCACUUUGUUUUUCUUUCUUCUGGAAAUAUAGGUAUUGGUAUUUGGAAAAUGCAUAGAUCACAGUCCUUGACUGUUAUACUGAACAACAUACAUUUUUCUAGAAGAAGAAAAUGAGAAUUUAGAAGUCAGUCAGUCUUAAGUUAUUAGACUUUUGUUAGUCUACUGAGAUUGAGAAAUAGACCAAGGUAGAAUAUGGGACAAAGAGCAGCAGACCAUGAAGCUGAAUGAUAAUGAAACAGCAUCAUUUAUAUUAUGAUUUUUGUUGCUGUGAUCUUUGACAUAUUGCAUAUUUAUGCUUGUAGAACUCAUUACGAUUUCAUUUACAUACAAGCAUUCCUGCGUGUGCAUUUAUAGACAAGUAAACCUUUUUACUGUAAGAGAUAGCUUUCUGUCUGAGUUAAUAAUGCAUUUUCUUGCCUUUUCUGGCAUGCUUCCUGUUCUCUUCUCCCCUGUUCUCUUUGUUUUAGUGUUCAUUUACUGUCAGUAUUGUUGUGUGCUGCUAUCUGCUCAAUGAUCUAUGUGGAAACAGUAUUUUUUCCUUUAUAAGUAAUCAUCUUUAUUUGCAUCAUUGUUCUUGUAUGCUGAUAUAGUUACAUAAUGAGGAUAGCAUCCAUAUUUUAUAAAAUAGGUGUACACAUUGUAAGAAAUGUCAUCUGCCAAUAUAUUACCUAUUUUUGUUGUAUAAACUCUUAUUUCAGUGCUUUAUUUUUAGUGACUAAUUUUGUUGACUGUGGUAUUUAAAAUAAUCUUGUGUAAGUAUUGAAACUAUUCUCUGUUUCUAUAAAUGUACUAAGUGAAUAAGUUUCUAGAUUUUUCAACAAAACCACUUAAACAGUCCAUACAAAUGAUAAAGUUCCUCCAGUGAGGCAUUUGCUACCUGUAGGACUGACUAAAAGUCACAAUUUGUUCUUUGGUCUGCAAGAGUUUUUGCAAUAUUAGUUUUAGAAGAGGAGCUGCUACAGCUUUGUAUCAGACAAUAUGGUGUAAUUUUUUGGAUGGAAAUAUGGAAUACCAUGGAUGAUGUAAAAUAACGGAACUACGAUGAGCAGUAGGUGAAAGGUAGUAAAGAGAGGAUGAAAACUUACACAUACUUCAUUCUGGCACUGAUUUUGUGCAGUACUUUAUUCUAUAACGACAUCUCAUGUCUUAAAUACCUUUGUUAAAUUACACACAGUACUCUUUCCAUUUACUACAUUAUAUUUUUUUAAACUUGAUUUCAUUUUCUCCUGUUCCACUCAAACGAUACUGCAUACUUUACUCUCAGUAGAAUGGUUCCAUUGCACCUAGUGCAAUACUUUCUUAAUCUUGCUGACACACUGUCUGCUAACUUUGACCUACCACUCUCUCUGACUCUUCAGCCCUUUACUGUCUCUCAUCUUUUCAUACUCAUCCCAUGGGAGAAAACUAAGUUUCUUGAACUCAGGGAAAUACGUAAUUUUGACUGUUGCAGUGAUAUCUGUGUAUAUGACACUGUUAAAUUGUAUUAUGUUAAAUGUAUGUAUAUUGUGAGCAUUUGUUAAAUUUACAUUUAUGAAAUGUGUACUGUUGUAAGGUUGCCUUUUCAAUUCAGUCAUUCUAUAAAAAGUAUUUUUGUUGUUUUGCUAUUAAGUCAAAGUACAAUGUAUUUGAUAUAAAAUAUUAUAUCUCUUGCAAAGGUUGGACCAGCAUUUCUUUGUAUGGGUUCUACUAUCAGCAUGAAAACAAAUUUGGAUAGCACAGGUUACUUGAUUAAUUCUAUUUUAGUCAGCAUGUAGUUUUAUCAUUAAAAAUACUGACCUGCAAGUAAGAAUUUCUAGUAAUAUGCAGCAACAUAAGCAAUUAGAUGAUCAACAGAUCUAAUUAACCACUACUUAAGAUCUCCAGUGGACAUUUAGGGGCAAGUCUGAUGUCUGAGACAUAGUCACCAUAUUGGAUGACUCCAUGACUGAUGAUAUGCUUUCCAUUUUAUGGAUCUUAAAUAAUUCUUUUAUGAACAAUAGUUUCAUAGAGGCAAAAUUUUCUGCUGUUAAAAUAUUCCAAUCCUUGUUUGCAGAUGCUAACAUACUUGGGAAAUCAACAUUUUAGUUCUGUAAAUAGUGUAAAACUUAGACACUUGUGCUAAUCUCAUGUAUCUACUAAAAUUUUGUUACUGGUGGUUUGCAGUUAGAUCCAUUGGAAUUAAUUGGAAUUAACAUAGUUUUUUGAUAGUUCUAUAUUUAAUGAUGU